AGCGCCCGAUAUGAACUAGCAAAACAGCGGUGAAGCUACAGAAAUUGAACCAACCUCUACAUCGGAGGGAUUCUGCCGGGACACCCUCCCUCCGCCCUCUCUCUUCGACGAUUCAGGGACGACAAUCAGAGCACAUAAAAGAGGAAUUGAUCGCGCCUCAUCGAAGCAAGAUCCCACAGGUCCACGGAGGUGUUUGAUCGACACUCGACGGGUCAACGCUGACGGAGCGAGCAAGCCGAGGCGACAGACCACUAGCCUCGUCCACGAAACAAAGGAGCCCUUCGCUUCCUCUACGGAACCGGCGCAUACCGAACGGGAUGUCUGCAAGCCAGUCUCUUCGCCGUCUGGCGGUGACAUUGAUGACAUGUGCUUUCGCUCUCUGCCACGCUGAGGAGAACCCGGACUGCAGCAUACAGCGGCUCCGAGCAUGCGGCUCGAGCUUCGUCGUUUUCGGCAACACUACGACAAUUGCAGAAACGCCCCAAGAACUUCGGGAGGCCUGCCGGGUGUGGACCUCCGAGAUCGAGUGUUCGCUGAAGUACAUCGACGACUGCCUGGAAGGCACGACCCGUGGAACGUGCCUGGUGGUCAUCAAGGCUGCGGAGGAAGACUUCGAGGCCAUCUGCACCGAGGGAUCCGACAUGGAGAAACAGUACCGCCUCAGUGCUCCGUGCGGCAACUCGGUCGGCACGAAGCUCAACGGCUGCGUCCGCGGCAUGUACCACAAUCUGCAGAAAGCCGUGGAGAAGGCAGCUAGCAACCAGGCCGUUAACCACGCCUGCUGUUACUUCGGAGAGCUACUCGAGUGCGUCGACUCCUCGCUCGACAGCUGCGACAACGCGGAGGCACCGAAGCAGUUCAUCAUGGGACGGCUCGAGCACAUCUUCGGGGAGUCGCUCAGCCUGGUGUGCGGCACCCACACGCGCGGCUCGGCCAGCUGCGCAGCCCUGCCCGUCCUGCCCGAGCUCGAACCGGGCGCGCCCGAACCAGUGAGCAACCUGGUCGAGUACGGCAUACUCAUCAUGCGGCUCUUCAGUCGACGCGACAACGCCAACCAGUAGGGAACUGCAAUAAAAAAGAACUGUUCAUCCGGAUUCACCGGGGUUCGU